AUGACGCUGGCAGGCAAUCACGAGAUUGAGUUUGACAACACGACUGGCGUGGCCACUGGCUUCCAGGCCUACAUCAACCGGUACCGCAUGCCGGAAGUGCGUCCGACAGAGAUCAAUUGCCCUUUUGAAUUCACCGAUUUCUGCGCGCCUUCCGUGUAUUUCAGCUGCUAUGAUUAUGGCAAUGCUUACUACUCCUUCGAUGCGGCUACGGUGCAUGUCAUCAUGCUUAGCAGCUAUACCUACAUUAAUGAGUCUACGCCCCAGUACAACUGGCUCGUCAAAGACUUGGCCAGUGUCAAUCGAAGGAAGACGCCCUGGGUGGUGGUGAUGACCCACUCCCCUAUGUACAACAGCAAUCAGGCCCACCAAAAUGAGGCUCAGUCUAUCGCCAUGAAAGCUGCCAUCGAGCCUUUGUUGAUGCAGUACAAGGUGAACAUCGUCAUCGCCGGCCACGUGCAUGCCUAUGAACGCACCUAUCCAGUCUACCAGAACGUUGUUGAUUACAAAGACGGCAUCACCUACAUCGUGGCAGGUGACGCGGCCAACCGGGAGGUGAGUCGAUAA